AUGGUAUUCUUAGGUUUGCAUUCAGCCGUCACUUCUCGUUUGGCGGGUGUACUAGGAUUCACUUUCGCAUAUCAAGCUGCAUUCGCACUUUACUCAGUACCCAACAAGACUGAGAAAUUCUAUGAUCUAGCAGGUUCAACAGGAUUCAUCACCUCUACUUUAUUAUCUUUAUAUUACCCAACUGUCAGAUCAUGGUUCACCAAAUCACCUUCAAUCCCGUUCACUCUGUCAGGUCAUCAUCCUCGUCAAUUACUGGUUAGCGCUAUGAUGUUAAUCUGGGCAGCAAGGUUGGGAACAUAUCUUGUUCAAAGAAUAAUCAAGACUGGCCAUGAUUCAAGAUUUGAUGACCUCAAAGGUAAACCAGCAAUCUUCUCCGCAAUGUGGUUCGGUCAAGCGCUCUGGAUCACAUUCGUCGGACUUCCUGCAUUCUUAGUCAAUUCGUUACCUGCAGCUGCCCAUCCAGCAUUAGGAAUUAAAGAUUUCAUUGGUGUGGGGAUAUGGGUCGCUGGCUUAGGCUUGGAAUCCCUCGCUGAUCGAGAAAAAUCAUAUUGGAGAAAAGCGAAAAAUGAAAAGAAACAUGAAGAGAAAUUCAUCUCUUCUGGAUUAUGGUCAUUAUCACGACAUCCCAACUAUUUAGGCGAAAUAAUCCUUCAACAUGGCCCACCAUUCCUAGUACUCACAACUCAACUUCCCACAAACGUGAAAUUCUUAGCGUUCUUCUCCCCCGUUUUCACCUAUGGGUUACUUCGAUACGCAUCUGGUGUACCUCCCCUCGAGGAAACUGCUGAGAAGAAAUGGGGUGACGAUAUCGCUUGGAAGAAAUAUACUAGUGACACUAGUUUGUUGGUUCCUCUUCCAUUCGGAUUGGGCAAAGGGAAGAUGUAA